CGGAAAGCAACUUCCGGCUGUAGUCAUUCGGCCGGGCACCGGCGACCUGUAGCGUGGGAGAGCGCAGCGGAAACCCUGAACUGCUGGGCUUAAAGCAUGUGGCAAUCCUUCUGCCUCAUCUUCUUAAGCUGGAAUUAUAGAUGUACCACCAUACCAAAAUGGUUGACAAGAAGCAACAUAAGAGGGCAAUGGCUUGUUUGGGCUUGUGAAUUAAAAUGGAUAUAGCUGUAUGGUAAGGGCUGGUGACAGAAGUGUGAGACACCUGGACACACUAAUCCAGUGAGGAAGCAGAGAGAGGACCACAAAAUGGGGCCAGACUUCAAACCCCAAGGCCCACACCCACCAAGGUUCUAUUUCCUGAAGGUUCCACUUCCUUCCAAAAGAGCACCAAUUGAUGAUAUUUACAGGUUCCUGUUCCCCAAGCAGCAUUUUUAUGAACUGGACCUUGAUUUAGGAACUGAUAUUAGUAAAGAAUAUUUUACUUAUCACAGAUUUCAUAUUUUAUGUCAUGAUUUCAGAGCUGGCAUUCAUACCAUCCUUUAUAGUGAUGCUACAGGACAAAGAGGAAUGGACAAAAACAUUGGGGAGCAACUCAAUAGAGCAUAUGAAGCCUUCCGACAAGCAUGCAUGGAUAGAGAUUCAGCAGUAAAAGAGCUACAGCAAAAGACCGAGACCUAUGAACAAAGAAUACGCGAGCAACAAGAACAGCUGUCACUUCAACAAACUCUUAUUGACAAGCUAAAAUCACAGCUACUUCUUGUGGAUUCUUGUCGAGAUAACAGUUAUGGCUAUGUACCUUUGCUUGAAGACAGUGAAAGAAGGAAGAAUAAUUUGACUCUUGAUGAACCACAUGAUAAACUGAAACUAGGAACACUGAGAAAUAAGCAGUCAAAGGUGAGAAGACAAGAAGUGUCUUCUGGAAAAGAACCCUCAAAGGACCUCAGCCUCCCUUUACAUCAUGAAAGGGAUAAUAUAGAGAAGACUUUCUGGGACCUUAAGGAAGAAUUUCAUACUGGCCUAGGGUGGGGCCUAUCUAAUAAACCCUUUCUCUCCCAAUUAAAUAUUAAUAACACAAUGACAGAAACACAGUGCUCUGUGCCUAUACAGUGUACUGAUAAAACAGAAAAACAAGAAGCGCUGUUUAAGCCCCAGGCUAAAGAUGAUAGAAACAGAGGUACGCCGUGUAUUGAAUCUGUUGUUACACCAAGAGGACUGGGCCGAGAUGAGGAAGACACCUCUUUGGAAUCACUUUCUAAGUUCAAUGUCAAGUUUCCACCUAUGGACAGUGACUCUGCUUUCUUACAUAGUACUCCAGAGACACCGAACAUCCAUACUCCUGCCACAUCUGAGGCAGUGUGCCAGGACAGAUUUAAUAUGGAAGUCAGAGACAACCCAGGAAACUUUGGUAAAACAGAAGAAACUUUAUUUGAAAUUCGGAGAAUUGACCCCAUAACUUCAGCUAUAGAGAACCUUAAAAUAACUGACAAAACAAAACCCUCAAAUCUUAGAGCUCCGUGUUUGCCAGCUGGAGACCAUAAUGUGUUCUAUGUAAAUAAAUUCCCACUUCAGGACCCGCCUGAUGCACCUCUUCCCUCACUGGAUUCCCCAGGAAAAGCUGUCCGAGGACCACAGCAGCCCUUUUGGAAGCCCUUUCUUAACCAAGACACUGACUUAGUGGUACUAACUGGCACAGACUCGGAAUGCCUUAAAGCUCAAGUGUGUGAAUUCUGUCAAGAGCUUUUCCCACCGUCCAAUACAUCCAGGAGGGAUUUCCUCCGGCAUCUUAAUUCACACUAUCAUGAGACUUGAGUCACAUUUGAAAACAGACAUAUUAUGUUCUCUGAUGAUCCUGGAUUUGUAAUGCUGGAGAAUGCUUGCUUGUAAGCUAGAUUUAAGAUGGUUUAUAAAAGAAAUUCAGUCAUAGCUAUUUGAAUUUUUUUCUAAACUUGUUACCUUAGCUUUUGAGAUCAUUUUGUCUAAAAUUAAUUCAUUAUAUUCAUGUUUACACUAUUACAAUAAUUCAAAAUUAUGCAUGUGACUUAGAGUUACAUAAUAAUUUAUGUCUCAAAUAUAUACAAUUAUUGUUUGA